AUUAUUGAGAAUCAAAACGUAAACACCUCGGCCAGUUUUUGUCAUUAUUAUUACGUGUUCCAUUCAGUGUUGUUAGUAUUCCAAUGCUGCGCAGUAAGCUCGUCGUGUCCGGCACGGCAAACAGUUUUGACAAAUAGUGCGUCGUUCCCGGCUUCGCAUCGUCAAAUUGCCACGCAAUAUAUAAUUUCAAUUGGUUGUGGAGAGGCCUGCAUGUAUCCAGAAGAAGUCUGCGCGAAACGAGUCAACGCCCGUCCGGUCCUGUCGUACGUCACCAAGAUUGAUGACAGCGAGGAAACAAGCAGGCGGGAGAGGAUCUCGGACCCCCAAAAACCAAGAUCCGGACGAUGCGAUGCGACUGCGGGGUGCGGUGGGCAGCAGAAUCUCUGCAAACAAGUAACCCGCGAGCGGGACUAAUUGAAACGGGAGUAUUCAAACCGAGGGUCGAGGAUGAGACUCGAGCGAAAGCGUUUGCCGGUGAGACCGCAGACUAGUUUCUCCCCUCGGUCCGUAUGAGACUGUACCGAUAAACCGGCUGCUGGUGGACGGUGAAGAGAAACGCGACUAGGAAGGGAUGGGGACGAGGAUGGUCAAGAAAGGAAACGCAUUAAGGAACGUGGUGGAAAGGGGAGGCGAAGCGUGUGCGGAGGUGUACGGAUGGUGCACGCCGAAGCCGUGGAGAAAGUGGAAGCCGCGGGAGAGGAAAAGCGAGGAAGAGACCAAGAGGAUCCAAGAGUAAACGAUCAUCCGAGGCAAUCGGCAAAUCUUCAGGCUGGAAAGAGUUUGCGAAUCAGAAGAUACUUGGCCAUUUCGAAGCACAGACGGCCUUCGGUUGACAAUUGGUGAUUUGGGAAAGCGAAACGCGAUGAGAACCAUGGUUCAAGUCUCGCGAACGUUUGAUCCGCGCGAAAUCGCGAUUAGGCGAGAGUAGACGAUGCUCUCGCGUCGGUCAGCUCGGAACGGCUCCGUGAGUAAAUCACGUUCGACUCGUAUCGGAACGGGUUAUCGCUCGUAUAUCGAUUUUUCACACUGAAAUGACGUCGAUCGAAACGGCCGAUCGUUAUUAAAGCCGGCGAUGGCUCAUCCGGCUGCCAUCCCGGGGAGGAUUGAUCUCAGUGCUCGCGCGUGCUAGUGACUUGCCAGUGUUUGAGUGGAAUUACGAUGGCGAUCAUGUCUCCGAGUCGUCGUCCUGCCUCUUUCCUACCUGCGCUUAAGGAUGCACAGUCGUCGACGCAGCGGAGAGGACUGUUUAGCAGCAUCGUCAUGCGACGCGCAGUCAGGAUCCUGCAGCUCCUGGUGAUUCAGAAUUUCGCGUGGACGGGUUCUCUUGGACAGGUAGCUGAUUGCCCGCCGCCGGAAACCAUUCUCGGCUGUCCCUGUUACAAUUUCGAGGACGGUCUCUUCUUGGAAUGCCCCGGCGCCGCCGAAGAGACUCUCAAGAGCACUUUGCAAGGCGUCCUAAGUGCGACCGGAGUGGGCACGAUGGUGCAGUCGUUGAGCGUCUACGAGCUGGACAAAAGCGUCGAGGAGUUGAAAGACGGCUGCUUUCCUGCCGGCUCGCAAAUCAGGCACCUCCAAAUAUCCCAUUCGUCCCUUCGCGAGAUCACCGAGAACGCUUUCGCGAAUCUGAAAGACAGCCUGGAAUCCCUGGCUCUCGUGUCCAGUCGGUUGACUCACGUGCCUCAGAAGUCGUUAGCCGAUUUGCACAAACUCGCCGCGCUGGAUCUCGAGGCGAACUUGAUACAAGACCUACCGUCUUACUGCUUCUACGGAUUGAAACUUAUCAAGCUCACCCUGAAGGGCAAUCAGAUAUCGAAGAUCUCGGAGUACGCGUUCGCAGGUUUAGAAGAUAGUCUCAGCGACCUAGACUUAACGGAGAACAAACUGAAGCUGUUUCCUAUGGCGCCGCUCAGAAGAUUAGAAAGCCUCGCCUCGUUGCGACUCGCCUGGAACGAGAUAUCCGAGUUUCCCAACGACGGUUACAGCCUGUUGAGAUCGUUGCUGAUCCUGGAUUUGAGCAGUAACAACUUCGAGAAAUUGCCGGAGGACUGCUUCCGGCCUUGCCCGAUUUUGCACACCCUGUCCCUUUAUUACAAUUCGAUAGAGACGAUCCAUAAGGACGCGUUCGUGUCGUUGAAGGAGCUCGAGUCGAUCGAUUUGAGCAACAACAAGAUCGUAUUCCUCGACGUGGCGACGUUCAAGGGGAACGAGAGGCUCCGUAACAUCGAGCUGAGCCAUAAUCACAUUCAUUACAUCGGCGGGGUGUUCGCGAGGUUACCGGAAUUACGGGAACUUUACUUGGCGGAGAACAAUAUCCUCGAGAUCCCCGGGGACGCGUUCAUAGGCAGCGUGAGCCUCGCCGUGAUCUAUUUGCAGCAGAAUGCGAUCAGAAGAAUCGACGGCAGGGGUCUAACCAGCCUGACGCAAUUGGCCCAAUUGCAUCUGAGCAACAAUUACAUCGAGAAGGUGCCGCGGGAAUUUCUCGAGCAUUGCGGGAAUCUGUCUUUGUUAUCUCUCGAUGGGAACAAGAUACACGAGCUGCUACCGGGCACUUUUCUUAAAUUGCAUCAACUCAGGGAGCUGCGAUUGCAAGACAACAACAUCACCGAAGUAAAACGAGGCGUUUUCUCACCGUUAUCGUCGUUGCAAGAGCUUCACCUGCAGAACAAUGCGAUCACGGAUAUGGAAACGGGCGCGUUGAGGACGUUGAGUAGCCUACAACACGUUAAUCUUCAGGGUAAUCAGCUCACGGUUCUCGGGGACGUGUUCCAAUUGUCCGCUUCCGAUUCGUCGUCGGGCGGCAGUUCGUUGCUCUCGAUCCAGUUGGAUAGCAACGGUCUGGCGAUGCUGCAUAAUGACUCCCUUCGCGGUCAAGCAUCGGUCAGGAUCAUGUGGCUGGGUCACAACAAACUGACGCACCUUCAGGCGCCUCUCUUCAGGGACUUGCUGCUAGUCGAAAGGCUGUACCUGACAAACAAUUCUAUAUCCAGGAUAGAGGACGGCGCCUUUCAACCGAUGCAAGCUCUGAAAUUCUUGGAAUUGAGCAUGAACAAACUCAGUCAUAUCACCGCGAAGACCUUCUCCGAGUUGCACGAACUUGAAGAAUUGCAUCUGCAGGAUAACGGGCUUACAGGAUUGGACUCGUAUGCUCUGACCGCCCUGAAGAAGUUGAAGGUUCUCGACUUGGCGAACAAUCACCUGACCAUCCUUCACGACGCUAUCUUCCAAGAAGGGUUGCCGAUCAAAACGUUGAACCUGAAGAACUGUUCUAUCAAGAGGGUAGAAAGCGGGGCCUUCAGGGAGCUCAACAAUCUUUCCGAUUUGAACCUGGAUGAUAAUCUUCUCACAGCUUCCGCGCUGUUCAAUCUGCAAAUUUCAGGACUCCGAACUCUGUCCGCGUCCGGGAACAACUUCAGUCAGAUAUCGGAGCGCAGCCUGAACGGUCUCCCGUCGGUUCAAGAAUUGUACUUAGACAAAGCUCAGAUCGGUCAAUUACCCGAAGUCAUAUUCUUGUGGAAUGAGAACUUGACGCGGCUGCACCUGAACAAGAACCACUUACGAAACCUUCCUCCAGGCAUCUUCGAUAGACUGUUAUCUCUGAGAGAGAUAAAACUAGAUCAGAAUCGGUUCCAGGACAUUCCGUAUUCGGCGUUGGGGAAUGCUCUGAACCUUGAAAUUCUCACGCUGUCGUACAACGAGAUAGCGAACGUGGACGUGGCUAGUUUCGUCAGUUUGAAAUAUCUGAGGGAGUUGGAUCUGAGCCACAAUAGGAUCGAGACGAUGUCCGGCUUCGCCACUGCUAAUCUGUCUCGUUUGAUCUCCGUGGAUCUCAGUCACAAUCACUUGAACGCUCUUCCGGCCAAUUUCUUCGCUCACUCGUCCAUGUUACGGAGAGUCGAUCUGUCAGAGAAUAAAUUCAGACAGAUUCCGGCCGUGGCCCUGUCUGGCCAGAACCUCCCCGGCCUGACUUGGCUAAACUUGACCAGGAACCCAUUGAACAGUAUACACGUUCUUCCAUCGGAGUCCAAGUAUCCCGUGCUUCAAGAAGUGCAUAUAUCCGGCACGAAUCUUAGCAUAGUGACGUCGCAAGAGUUCGAGUCGUUUCCAGCCCUGUUGCACUUGUAUUUGAGCCAGAACAGCAUCUCGAGGGUGUCGCCGGGCGCGUUUGGAAACCUGCCGAACCUCUUAACGCUUCACCUCGGAUCGAACAACUUGGACAUACUCCCAAAGGAGAGGCUGCAGGGUAUGGAGCAUCUGCGCGUCCUGAAUCUGACCCACAACCUCCUCAAGGAGCUGGACGAAUUCCCGAAGGACCUUAAAUCCUUGGAGAUAUUGGACCUCUCGUACAAUCAGAUCAGCAUCGUGGGCAAGGUGACGUUCAAGAACCUGGUCAGCCUCGUCGAGCUCCAUCUUUAUGGUAAUUGGAUCAACGCCAUCUCCAGCGAGGCGUUCAGGCCGUUGAAAAAGCUCCGGUUGCUCGAUCUCAGCAGGAAUUAUCUGGAGAAUCUACCGUUGAAUGCGUUCAGACCGCUCGAGACUCAAAUACGGAGUUUACGCGCCGAAGAAAAUCCUCUGAUCUGUGGCUGUGAAUCACAAGAGCUGUGGGAAUGGUUGAGGGACCAUCAGAAGCUGGUGGGAGGCGUGGGCGGCGGUCGUGGUCGUGGACGAAACGGUGUGGGAGUCGGCGACGUCGAGGAAGGUCUGUUGAAAUGCCAGCAGCCGCCAGAGCUCCAGGGUCUGGUUUUCCUCGAUUUGGAUCCGCACGAGUUCUGCUCCGCGCCGUUGAUCCUGAAGCUCGCGAUCCAGGACAUCCAACCGUUCUCCGUUCUCGUCUCCUGGCAGAGCAGAAACCAUUCCGGUCUCCACGGUUACCAAGUGGCCUAUCACGCGUUGGAUAACGUCGACGAGGUGCGAGGAAAGCUUCUGGACCCUAAGGCACGUUCGGUCAGACUGACGAAGUUAGCUUCGGAUACCCGGUACCUGAUCUGCGUGCUCGGCCUGGGCAGCUGGGGCACGUCAAUCCCGGAGGACAUCGGUUCCUGGCAAUGGAACGCCUCCCACGACGACGUGAUCGAGGGCUCGGCUCGUCCGGCGAUGGUGACCUCGCUCACCAGUCAGUGCACGGAAGUUCGAACCCUCGACGCGCCCGAUUCGAUAGUCGGCGACGGGGCAAUGAGCGACAGAGGUGGCCUGGCCAGUAUACUGACAAGAAGACUGGGCCUGAUAGUCGGCAGUUGCAUGGGCUUCGUGGUGUUCAUCGUUCUGAUCUCCGUGCUCGGUUACAUGAAAAUGAAGAAGCAAAGGUCCACCGAGAAGAGAGACCAGCCGCUGUCGUCGAACCCGCAGGCGUACAUGUCGUACAGGCACUUCUCGUUGCAGAGCGGCGAUCGGGCGGACAACGCGUGUCCGAGCUUCAUCAGCAACAUCGGCAACACACCGCUGAACUCGUAGCAUAAGCCGAAGGAGUCUCGCAAAGAGGCCGACCAUCGAGGAAUCGAGAUGAAGAAUUCGCCCAGCUGCGUGGGCCUGUUCGGUUAGUCGAAGGGACUGGACUUAGUGACGAGGCAGUGCCGGUGUUUUCAGCGAGAAACAGUUUGUUGAUUGUGGGGACAGGUUGCUCAGUUUUAGAAGAAUAAUCCGUUGAGUUCUGACUUGACGCGGCCGGAGAUAGGAAUUCAAUUAGCAAAGGAAGUGCCAAAACUGACUCGCGUUUAGAUUUUAACGAGGCUAGUGAUCGGACCUGAGGAAGUAUUGAGCGGAACCGUGACCACGUGCCAAAACGUUCGGAGGAGAUCGAAGGGAGACUUGCGAAGUUACGACGACCGAUUGUUGCCCGUCUUUGGUAAAGCAUAGAUAAGUAAAAUGUAAAACACCCUCCUGACCACUCACGCGAACUGAACAACGAUACAAAUGACCCCCAUUUUUUGGAACGUUCGAAUCUCUCCUAUCGAAGACUGAUUUUUUAAACGCCGUGUUUUUCUCCCACGCCAUUCCUCCAAGACAAAAAAGUAAUGGUAUGAACAAGUAUACUCCCGUGAUUUCGAUGCUCGUAUUAUUAUAUACUAUGUGUACGAUACGUGAUGAUUUUUUGUAAAUAAUAGUAUACAAAGUACAUUUGCGACUUAAGAAGAAACAACGGAAUGAUGUUCGUAUGAUUCGGCGAGGAUACCUCGUCCUUCUAGUGGUGCGCAAGCAAUAUUACACUUACUCUCUAAUCGAUAGUCCCGAUGAUCAGCACUAAACAAAAAAAUCUAAUUAAGGAGCCGGGAUCUUUUAGAAGAUCGCCAGUUUGUUCGUUUUCCUUUAUUCCUCCCAUUGAGCGACCACCGCCGGAGGAUCCCAGCCCCAGCCGCGCGAUUUUCCUGUCUCUCUUUUUCUCUCCCACACACCCUCUCCGUGCACUCUCUAUCUUUCUCACACGUGCAUUCGCCACCAUCCGCGUAUGUCGUCCGGCAUACGAUGAGAAAAAAGAAAAGGGGGAAGAAGAAAAUACGCGACGCGUUACUCCUGCCAAGAAAACGAGAGUAGACGGAGAAUCGGUUUCGGAGUUGCCAAACUGUGUGCUAUAGGUAUGGUGACGUUUGUGGAAGAUGGAUUUAUUGUAUAUAGAUAGAAGAUAUGUAUACACAUAGCGUUCUUUAUUAUAGCAUAGGCUUUCGGUUAAUAAAAAUACACCAAAGCUAC